GGCCAGUGUUCUUGUAUCUCUCCACCACACAGCAGUUUAGAGUGGAAAGCCUCACUGUAUUCUCUCACUCAAAAACUCUGCAAUGGCUGUUUCAGUGUCUGUGUUCUUGGGUUUCUUUGUGGGUCUUGUAGUGGUGGGUUUGGUUAGCUCAAAAAACUUUGAUGAGCUCUUUCAGCCCAGCUGGGCUGUGGACCAUUUUGGCUAUGAAGGAGAUCUUCUUAAGCUCAAACUUGACAAUUAUUCCGGCGCUGGAUUUCAAUCAAAGAGCAAAUAUAUGUUUGGGAAAGUGACUAUUCAGAUUAAGCUUGUGGAGGGCGACUCUGCCGGAACUGUUACUGCUUUCUACAUGUCAUCGGACGGUCCAAAUCACAAUGAGUUUGAUUUUGAGUUCCUCGGCAACACCACCGGUGAACCUUACACAGUGCAGACCAAUGUGUAUGUUAAUGGUGUAGGUAACCGUGAGCAAAGGCUUAACCUUUGGUUCGACCCUACCAAGGACUUCCACUCCUACUCCCUCUUCUGGAACCAGCGCCAAGUUGUGUUUAUGGUGGACGAGACGCCAGUAAGAGUGCAUACCAACUUGGAAAACAGAGGAGUGCCAUUUCCAAAGGACCAGGCAAUGGGCGUGUACAGCUCAAUUUGGAAUGCCGACGACUGGGCCACGCAGGGCGGGAGAGUGAAGACAGACUGGACCCAUGCACCCUUCGUCACCACCUACAAGGGCUUUGAAAUUGAUGCCUGUGAGAUCCCGAAGUCGGUGGCCACUGCCGACAUUGCCAAGAAGUGUAGCAGCAGCGAGGAGAAGAAGUAUUGGUGGGACGAGCCGACGUUGUCCGAGCUCAGCGUGCACCAAAGCCACCAGCUUUGGUGGGUUAAAGCUCAUCACAUGGUCUAUGACUACUGCACUGACACUGCUAGGUUUCCGGUCACGCCUGUGGAAUGUGUGCACCACCGCCACUAGUGUACAUGUGGGUGGCAAUCAAAGGGAGAGAUGGGAUCAUGGGGAAGAUUGUAAAAAUCACAUGUUGUUUGUGGGAACGUUGUAAAAAAGGGAAGGGGGGAGCGGGGGAGAUGAAAUCAUAAGUGUCAUAAAAACAUGUGCUCCAUGUUUGUUUCAUAUUUUGGGUUAAUUUCAGUUUCAAGUUCUAUGAUAUGAUGUUUGAUAGUUUUAAACCUUA